AUGGCAUGUCUCAUACACCGUCUCUACAACGAGCGGGCAUUUAGACGGGAGAGAGUAAUUAGGGACAGAAGCAAUCCAUUGGACAUUUACAAUGACGAGGAGCUGAUUGAGAGGUUUCGAUUCGGUAGGAGAGAUCUGUUUGAACUCAUUGAAGAGCUGCCACCGGAUUUACGGUUUGUGUCGGGCCGUAACGCAGCACUGCCACCGGCCUUACAGUUGCUGAUUGCGCUCCGUUUCUAUGGAAACGGAGCUUUCCAAAAUACCGUCGGGGACAUGAUCAGUGUCCACAAAUCUACUGCCUGUCGGGCCAUCCGCAGAGUGUCACUGGCACUGAGCCGCCGCCUUGAGCUUCAUGUUCACCUUCCCACUGAGGCAGAGGCAGUGGGGAUGAAGCAACGGUUCCGCCAGGCCUCCGGCAUCCCAGGAAUCGUGGGCUGUAUUGAUGGGACCCAUGUCAAGAUCCAGGCACCAUCUCAGCAUGAAUAUCUCUUUGUUAACCGCAAGGGAUAUCAUUCUAUCAAUGUGCAGAUUGCUUGUGACGCCAGUUAUAAGAUCUUUAAUUUGGUGGCAAGAUGGCCUGGAUCCACACAUGACGCUCGCAUCCUCCGGGAGAGUGCGCUGUACCGGGACUUCGAGGCUGGUAGGGUGAACGGGCUGCUCCUCGGUGACAGCGGCUACCCACUGAAACGCUGGCUGAUGACACCUAUCAUUGCUCCAAGGACUGACCAAGAACGGCGCUACAAUACCAUCCACUCGGCAACUAGGUCAGUUGUUGAGCGAUGCAUAGGCGUCCUCAAGCGCAGGUUUCACUGCCUUCACGGGGAGCUGCGGAUGCGUCCUGAAAGAGUCUGCACCGUGAUAGCUGCAUGCACGGUCCCCCACAACAUCUGUGUCACCAAGAGGAUCCCUCUCCCCAGGCAGGACCAUCAGCCGGUGCAGGAGGAGGACGGUCUGCAUCAGUCAAUGAGCGACCCGAGCGCUGCGCGGCAGCACUGCACCUCGGAGCGCUCUGGACCCUGGACACCCCUCCCUCCUCCCCUCCCUCCUCAUCCACCCCCACACUCCCCGCUCAGCCUCGCGCAGCCCAGCUCCAGCCUCACACACGUCGCUGCUGAGCACUGUGAGACCCCCACCCCCCCUCCCCUCACACAACCACCACCACCACUGCCUGCCACCGUCUCUGCGAUCCUGCGCUCCCUCACCGGCUUCACUCCUCUUUCCUCUCACUGA